AUGGUAGUUGCAGGUGGCAUUGAAUCUAUUCAGGUGGCCGAUAUGCUUUAUGUAGUCAUGAUCAACAUCAGCUUGAGACAAAAACUGUGGUUAGACUUUCUCAUUCAACCGAACUGGAAACUGGAAGCGCGGCACGUCUCAAAAAUUAGCCGGGGUGGUCGGCGAGGAAGCCGAGCGGAUGAUUGGACUGCUGAACGAGGCAAUUAUCCGUGCGGGAAGCGGGUUGAUGCGGAUGAUUUGGGGGUGAUUUGGGGAAGUCUGACCCCGCAGAGUUGCAAUGAUGCAGAAGGAGAUGUGUAA